AUGCCCACUGUUGAGAGUGAAGCAAAAGUAAAAACCAAAGUUCGCUUUGAAGAGUUGCUCAAAGCCCACAAUGAUCUAAUACGUGAAAGGAAAAGAUUGAAGAAAAAGUUAACCAAAUCUGGAGAAAAUGUCUCUGAUGAAGGCUUUAGAAGCAGUCUUCAAAAUAUAAAAGACACGAAAAGUGAUGACGAUAUAAGUGUUUCUAACACUGCUAACCCUGAGAAAACCAUGCGAGUCACUAAAAACAAACUGAGGCAUGCCCAAUCAAUUGACAGUCCAAAUGAUGAUGAUGGUAUGGAGGAAGAAAAGCAGAGAAAAUCAAGUAAAAAGACUACAAAAGCAGUGGCCCACGUGACUUCAGAAGAAAUGGAACAGGAACCUUCUGAGAGGAAGGUGGAUUCUGUUUAUCAGAAAACACGAACAAAGUCACAGUUGGGUGUCGCUCUUCGGAAAAGUGACCUGGCAAGUGAAGGAAAAGAAAAUAGUGAGUUAGAUGAGGAAGAUGAGCUGAUGCAAGUAUAUCAGCUGCAAGUAGCUGAAGAAAUGGCACGGGAAAUUAAAAAGAAAAUAAGAAAGAAACUGAAGGAACAAUUGACUUACUUUUCCUCAGAUACUUUACAUGAUGACAAGUUGAGCAGUGAGAAAAAGAAAAAGAAAAAAAAGAAAAUAUCAUCUCAUUCCACCCCAUCUCAAGCCGAAACAAGGACCAUGUCCUUUUCUGAACUUGAGCGGGACAAAGCGGAGUGUGAACUAAAGACGGACUCUCCGGCCGAAGCAGGAACUUCAGAGUCUCAUCAAGGUGAUGCAGUAAACUCAGUUGCACAAGAUGUGGAAGACAGCGUGGACGAUGACAAAAAAUGCAAACCCAAAAAAACAAAAAAGAAGGUGAAAGCAGUUUCAGAUGAUAACGAAGACACUGAUGUGGAUGGAGUUCAUGAAAUAACAAGUCGAGAUAGUCCAGUUUAUCCCAAGUGUUUACUUGAUGAUAACCUUGUCUUGGGAGUUUACAUUCACCGAACUGAUCGACUUAAGUCGGAUUUUCUGAUUUCUCACCCAAUGGUAAAAAUUCAUGUGGUUGAUGAGAAUACUGGUCAGUAUGUCAAGAAAGAUGAUAGUGAACGGCCAGUUUCAUCUUACUAUGAGAAAGAGAGUGUGGAUUAUAUUCUUCCUAUUAUGACGCAGCCAUAUGAUUUUAAACAGUUAAAAUCAAGACUUCCAGAGUGGGAAGAACAAAUUAUAUUUAAUGAAAAUUUUCCCUAUUUGCUUCGUGAUGUUGAUGAGAGCCCUAAAGUUAUACUGUUCUUUGAGAUUCUUGAUUUCCUAAGCAUGGAUGAAAUUAGGAAUAGCUCUGAGAUUCAAAACCGAGAAUGUGGCUUUCGGAAAAUUGCCUGGGCCUUUCUCAAGCUGCUAGGAGCCAAUGGAAAUGUGAACAUCAAUUCAAAACUUCGCUUACAGUUGUAUUAUCCACCUACCAAACCUCGAUCCCAAACAAAUGCUCUUGAGAUUUUUGAGUGGUGGUCUAAAUGUCCAAGAAAUCGUUAUCCAUCUACAUUAUACGUAACUGUAAGAGGAUUGAAAGUCCCAGAUUGUAUAAGACCAUCUUACCGCUCUAUGAUGGCUCUUCAGGAGGAAAAAGGUCAAGCUGUGUACUGUGAGCGCCACUCAGAGUCAAGCCCAGUCGACUCUGAACCUGGAUUGGAGGAUUCAAAGGAAGCAGUUAAGUGGAAGCGGCUACCUGGACAGGCUUGCCGUAUUCCAAACAAGCACCUCUUUUCACUCAAUGCAGGAGAACGAGGGUGCUUUUGCGUUGCUUUCUCUCACAAUGGCAGAAUCUUGGCAGCUGCCUGUGCCAGCAGGGAUGGCUAUCCAAUUGUCUUAUACGAAAUCCCUUCUGGACGAUACAUGAGAGAAUUGUGUGGCCAUCUCAAUAUCAUUUAUGAUCUUUGCUGGUCGUAUGAUGAUCGCUAUAUCCUUACUGCAUCAUCUGAUGGCACUGCCAGGAUAUGGAAAAAUGAAAUAAAUAAUACUAAUACUUUCAAAGUUUUACCUCAUCCUUCCUUUGUUUACACGGCUAAAUUUCAUCCAGCUGUGAAAGAGCUGGUGGUUACAGGAUGUUAUGAUUCUGUGAUACGGAUAUGGAAGAUUGAGAUGAGGGAGAAUCCUGCCAUCUUGAUCCGACAGUUUGACACUCACAAAAGCUUUAUCAACUCUAUCUGUUUUGAUACGGAAGGUCACCACAUGUAUUCAGGAGACUGCACAGGAGUGAUUGUGGUGUGGAAUACCUACGUCAAAGUGAGUGACGUGCAGCAUUCAGUGCGACACUGGAGUGUAAAUAAGGAAAUUAAAGAGAGUGAGUUUAAAGGGAUUCCAAUAAGUUAUUUGGAGGUUCAUCCCAAUGGAAAACGUUUAUUAAUUCAUACCAAAGAUAGUACUUUGAGAAUUAUGGAUCUCCGAAUAUUAGCGGCAAGAAAAUUCGUAGGGGCUGCAAAUUAUCGCGAGAAGAUCCAUAGUACUUUGACUCCAUGUGGGACAUUUCUUUUUGCUGGAAGUGAGGAUGGUAUGGUGUAUGUUUGGAACCCAGAAACAGGAGAACAAGUCGCGAUGUAUUCUGAUCUUCCAUUCAAGUCACCUAUUCGAGACAUCUCUUAUCACCCACUUGAACAUAUGGUGGCAUUUUGUGCAUUUGGGCAGAAUGAGCCAAUCCUUCUUUAUAUUUAUGAUUUCCAUGUUGCCCAGCAAGAGGCUGAAAUGUUUAAACGCUACAAUGGAACAUUCCCAUUACCUGGGAUACACCAAAGUCAAGAUGCAUUAUGUACCUGUCCUAAGCUUCCCCAUCAAGGCUCCUUCCAGAUUGAUGAAUUUGUCCACACUGAAAACUCAUCACUGAAGAUGCAGCAAGUGAAACAGAGGCUUGAUUCUGUCACAGAGGUGAUACGGGCUUGUGCUGCAAAGGUCAACAAAAAUCUCUCUCUUACUUCAACCCCAACGUCCUCACUGCAGCCUAAGAUGAAGCCAUCGACUGUACCGUCCACACAAGAGAUUCUGCGUCAGUUUGGUUUCAGCCCGACAGGGAUUAUCAGCAUAGAAGGAAGGUCUUGUAACCAUCAUGCCGACACAGCGCCAACAGUAGUGGCGCUUUAUGACUACACGGCGAAUCGAUCAGAUGAACUAACCAUCCAUCGCGGAGACAUUAUCCGAGUGUUUUUCAAAGAUAAUGAAGACUGGUGGUAUGGCAGCAUAGGGAAGGGACAGGAAGGUUACUUUCCAGCUAAUCAUGUGGCUAGUGAAACACUAUAUCAAGAGCUACCUCCAGAGAUAAAGGAGAGAUCCCCUCCUACAAGCCCCAAGGAGAAAAGCAAAAUAGAAAAACUUUCUUCAGCUUCUCUAAAGCACCAAUCAUGUGACACAUAUAAGGCAAAUGUUUCUGUUGUCGUUUUCCACACAAGGAAGAACAAGGCUCAGGUUUGA